GAGGAACCAAAAUUAACAUUUAACCGAUAUUGUAAAUGUUGCUGAACUUGUAAUUAUGAUACUUGUCCUAUUGCAUUCUUCUUCUACUUUCAGUGGCUUGCCAUCAGGACUCAACUGUCUUCAACGAAAUUUUCCUUGCAAUCGUGGUUCUGGAAGUAAUUAUAACUUUGGAAUUAAGUGUGGUGGUCCAAGGAUUACAUCCUCUGAUGGAGUUGUGUUUGAGAGGGAUGAUCAGAUUCUUGGCCCAGCCUCAUAUUUUGUGAGUGACACAAACAGGUGGGCGGUCAGUAAUGUUGGAUAUUUUGCUGGGAACAAUAAUCCUCAAUAUACCAAGAAUUCAUCAUCUCAAUUUACAAACACUCUAGAUUCACAGUUGUUUCAGACAGCACGAACCUCUGCUUCCUCACUAAGGUACUAUGGAUUGGGGCUCGAGAAUGGCAAUUAUACUGUGAGCCUCCAAUUUGCAGAAAUUGUGAUUGAUGAUUCUACCACAUGGCAAAGUCUUGGGAGACGGAUUUUUGAUAUAUAUGUCCAGGGGAAUCGUGUUUUUAAGGAUUUUAACAUACUAAAGGAGGCAGGUGGAUCUUCUAGACAAGCUGUUAAGAAAGAUAUUACAGCCCAGGUGUCUGGCAACUACCUUGAAAUUCAUCUAUUUUGGGCUGGAAAGGGGACUUGCUGUAUACCAUUUCAAGGCACAUACGGACCUUUGAUUUCAGCAAUCAGUGCUACUCCAGAUUUCAAACCUACUGUUAGUAAUAAGCCUCCGAGCAGCAGCAAGAGCAGAACUGGUCUGAUUGCAGGGGUUAUUGUUGGUGUUGGAGUUGUCAGCUUUCUGUUUCUUGCAGCAUUCUUCAUUUUUGGGAGAAGGCCAAAAACUAAUGAAGAUGAAGUAAACUUUGUUUCGUUGGACAAGCAGAGCUCCAAGGAAUAGAUAUCAGGCCAUAUACCUUCAGUUAUGCUGAACUAAAAUCUGCUACAGAGGAUUUUAAUCUGGCAAAUAAGCUAGGAGAGGGAGGAUUUGGGCCGGUCUAUAAGGGAAAACUUAAUGAUGGGAGAAUAAUUGCAGUGAAGCAAUUGUCUGUGGCAUCACGCCAAGGCAAGAGCCAGUUUGUUACAGAAAUAGCUACUAUA